UUCACUAAUCGUUCUCUCUUUUCACCAGGAUUGCUCAUCCUCCAUCACAGGUUUAUAGUUUGCCGCUUCGGCGCGUACUUGAGUUACGCGAUACCUUCGUACUCAUUGAUUCAGUGAGUGAGUGGGAAAGUAAAUGAGAUGAAAACUCAAGUCAGCGAGCCAGCAGGUCGGACAUCCAAAGCUUCUUAACUGCUGCAGGUGGAAAGAACAAGAGCUAGAGGAGGAAGAAUAAGAAAAGAGCCCAACCUUGAGUUCACACGGAGUGUGGAAAGGACCCGUGCGUAAGACAGAUAGGUAAACCACCACAGUGGUCUGACCUGUGCAUCAUUUAGCACAUUUAUUUAGCUCAUUUUCACGCAGUGACCUUCACGAUGGACAGACUGACAGUGUGAAGAAAGCGUCACUAAGCAGGCUGUUCAGUACGCGCAGAACAACUGAAAUGUCUGCUAUGAGGAUGGAUAGAGACCGAAAGAGUUGGCACUCCUGGGACAAAUCGAGCAUGGACAGGAGUGACAUUAGGGCGAUGAUAAGGGAUGUGGAACGGGUACAGCAAUGGACUAUGAUUUUUCUGGUCUCACUCGCUCUGCAGUCGCAGGUGGCGUGUGCGGUGGGCACAUUCGAGGUUCAGGUUCGACAUUGGCUGAACCCUCAGGGCUUUCUGCAGAACGGUCAGUGCUGUGACCCCCUGGCCAGCGGGGGGCAACGCUGUUCAUCAGGUGAUCAAUGUGACACCUUCUUCAAGGCCUGUCUAAAGGAGUACCAGGCUCGGGUCGCACCUACUGGCACUUGCACAUAUGGCACUGGCAGCACACCUGUCCUGGGGGGCAACUCCCACACCUUACGUCAUCAUGGUAACGAGGGAACCGACAGCAGAAAUGGACAAAUUGUUAUUCCAUUUAAAUAUGCAUGGCCAAAAUCGUUUUCUCUGGUGAUUGACGCUUUGGACCAUGACAAUGAGACAUCAGAGACAGAUCGGGAGGAAUUAAUAGAGCGAGUGUUGCUAUCCUCCAUGUUGAAUCCAAGUGAACAGUGGCAGUCCUUCCGCCACCACGGCCGCGCAUUCACUCUCGAUUAUCGCCUGCGCUUCCGCUGCGAUACCAAUUACUAUGGCCCACUAUGCAACAAGCUCUGCCGUGCACGAGACGACUUUUUUGGCCAUUUUGACUGUGACCCCUCUGGUGUCAAGGUGUGUAAGGAGGGCUGGACUGGACCAGAGUGUAGACAGGCUGUGUGCAAGCAGGGAUGUCACCUGUAUCACGGCUCCUGUGAUCUACCUGGAGAGUGCAAGUGUCAUUAUGGCUGGAAGGGUGAUCUGUGCGAUGAGUGUGAGACAUUUCCUGGGUGUGAUCAUGGCAGUUGCACUGAACCCUGGAAGUGUGUGUGUGACACAAAUUGGGGUGGUCUGCUCUGUGACAAAGAUCUGAAUUAUUGUGGCAACCAUCAGCCAUGCAAAAAUGGUGGUACUUGUACCAACACUGAACCCAAUGAGUACUUGUGUGUGUGCCCGGAGGGUUUCCGUGGCCGCAUCUGUGACAUUGUGGAGCAUGCCUGUCUCUCCUCUCCAUGUGAGAAUGGUGGAACGUGUAUUGAAGACCCAACGGGAUUUGGCUGUGUGUGCGCGCAGGGCUGGACAGGACCCACCUGUGCUGCUGCAGUGUUGCAGUGUGACUCCAGUCCGUGUGGGCGUGGAGCUACGUGUCAAGAGAUGGCGCUAGGUUUCCAGUGUCUGUGUCCUCCGUUCUGGUCCGGCAGGACCUGUCAGCUCGACACUAAUGAGUGUGAGACUGGUGUGUGUGUCAAUGCUCGCUCCUGCCGUAAUCUGAUAGGAGGAUACUUAUGUGACUGCCUUCCCGGUUGGUUGGGGCCAAACUGUGACAUGCGGAACAGUAGCUGCCAGGGCUUGUGUCUGAAUGGAGGACACUGUGAGGACUCUCAGUGUGUGUGUUUGCCGGGUUUCUCCGGGAAACUCUGCCAAAGUUUGCUGAACUCCUGUGACAGCAACCCCUGUCUAAAUGAAGGGCACUGCGUGGAGCCUCAGGGUGGCAGAGAAAUGUUCUGCAGCUGCUUGCUGGGAUACACUGGCACCUAUUGUGAGGCGACACUGGAUCUUUGUAAUCCCAACCCUUGCCCAAAAGGGGUGCCAUGUCGCAGUACGGAAGGAGGCUACACUUGUGCCUGUCCUGAGGAUUACUAUGGAAAAGAGUGCAUGAACUUGAAGGAUCCGUGUCAUGAACCCCACUGCAAAGGAGCAGUGUCAGAUCUGGGUGGAGGUGGCUUUGGUAUUUAUAUGGUGUUGUUGGCCAUAUUUGCCCUGCUUGUUGUAGGCAGCUGCUCUGUAUGUGCGCUUCUGCUCUCCCGUCUGCACCACCGCCAUCGUCCCAAAGAGCAGCUGCGCACUUCAGCGCCAGAGGACAACGCCAUUAAUAACCAGCGACAGUUCUGCACUCUCAUCCGUAACCUGGACCAUAGCGUGGCCCUACUGCCCCCUGCACAGACAGUGCCCACCUCAGUGCUCUGCAGUGAAGAGAUUGAGCUUACUCUUCCCCCAUUACCUGCACCCUCCCCAGCUCUAAAACCAGCCCAUGGGCCCAAGUUGGAUAUCUGCAACCGUGAGCGAGAGAAACUGAACCGUUUCCACUAUGCAGACAACCAGGAAUUGGAGAAUUGAAUAGAAGAACAAGGAGCCUUAAAACAGAUGGUGUGGCCCCCACAGAGCCUGGAUCUCAUAAUCAUUGAGACAGUCUGGGAUUACAUGAUGAGACAGAAGCGACUGAGGGAGCCUAAACAGAUAGAAGAACUGUGGCAAGUUCUCAAAGAAACUUGGAACAUCUUAUCUGUCAACAACAAAGAAAAACUGUGUCCGGGUGUACCUAAGAGAAUUGGCGCUGUUGUGAAGGCAAAGGUCGUCACAACAAAUACUGAUUUACCUUUUUUUUUUUGUUUACUGGACUUUGCAUAACAUUAAUUGACAAAUAAAAACUAUACAUGGUAUUAUUUUUUUUAGGACAUACUCACAAUGCAACAUUUUUCAAAAGUGCUUAAAACUUCUACACAGUACUUUAUUUGAACCUCCAAAGAUUGUAAGAACACCAGUUUCCAUCAUAUUCCCAUAAGAUAAUCAUUACCACAUGUCUGCAAGGGCAUGACACUUCUAGAUUUUAAUGCGUCCUGAUCUUUCACUCUGCUGUAACUACAUAUACUAAAUAAAGAUGGAUGACAUGGCAUUACAAAUGCCAGGAGAUAUAUCUCAUGUAUGAAGAUUAAUUUUAGAAUUUUGUCAUUUGAGAACUUAUCUCAUUGUCCAGUAUACAUGGCAUGACCAACAUAAUGCAA